GCUGUUCGAUUGAAUUGUAUGGAUGGGAGCACGAUAAUGCUUCACCGUUAUUUAUUGUCAUAUACACAGAAACAAAUCGAAUGGCAUAUUCUUUCGAUGAUAGCACUCUGUAUUGAUAGACAGAGUGAAUAAGAGAAAGAGUGUGAGAGAGAGAGAGUGAAGUGAGACCGAGGUGUAAGUAAGAACGAAUUGAAAUGCAAGUGUAUGUCAACCGUACACAGUCCGAAAAGCAAAAGAAAAAAAGCGAAGAAGAAGAAAAUUUAUUUCGUAUUUGUGGACAGAACGAAAUAUAAAAUAUACCGAAAAAAAAAAAAUAACGAAAAAAUCUUAUCAUAAUAUUUUGUCAGUCUUUUGUUGAGUGCUCGUUUGUAUGCUGUGAGCAAAACUUUUGAUUCGGCUUAUUAUUGAAAUUUAAUUGCAAAAAUUCUCCAUCAAUUUACAUCGAUCCGUAAUCAGUUUAGAUAAAGAUAAUUUCGUAGUUUUAUUUUUAUUCAAAUCGUUCAUUCCUUGUUUGUAAGAAGAACGAACACACAAGUGAAGCAUUAUAAGAUGGGCAAAAUUUUGAAAUCAAAUAGUACAGCGAAAAGUCCACAUGAAACACGUGAAAAUAAUGAUACGACAUUGCAAACAAGAAUGCAUCGUGUUGCCGUUCAAAUUGCCAGUUCGAGCAUUGGUCAAACGAUGAUGAUGCAAUUCGAUAAAUUGCUGUGGACUCUUGAAAAAACAGCAACAUGGAUUUCCAACGGUAAAACGGGUGAUGGAAAAAGAGUUAAAACAUCGAUAGGUUUGGUCAGACCGCUUCCGUGGGUCUUCUUUUUGCCAACAUUGGUUGCAUUACGUUUUGUUCGGGUUGUAUUAUCAUUGGUUGCGAUUUGUGUUGGAUUCGAAGAGAUUGAAGCUUCAAUGAUGGUAUCAUUUUUACAUAAAUCACGUCGCAAUAUGCGGCACAUAUCGGUCGAAGCAAGGAGAAAUAAUAAAUCGCAGAUAUCAUGUGCCGAUUAUGUCAAACGAAUCACAUUAACAUUACUAACGCAACUAAGUAAUUUUAUUUCCCAAAAUCCAAACGAUACAACCAACAAAACAACCAACAAAAUGAAGUACAACAAUAAAACAGCGUUAAAUGCUCUUGUCAUCACUGAGACUGAAAACGAUGAUCAAACAACGUCACAGAGUGAAGAGAGCGAUUUAGAAGAAAAAAUGUAUAGGACUUUUCUCAAAGCUGAACUUGCAUCGUCCGAUUCAGAUGAUAAAGAUUACAUAUACGAUGAGAUGUCGAAUGAAGAUAGUGAAACCAGCGCUGCUACUGAUGAUUUUAGCGACGAUGAUUUUAAAUCAUCGUCCAAUGAAGCACCGUUGAACGGUACAAAUGGCAGUACAGUACACUUUGCUGAUACCAAUUAUUCGGCAGAUACAAGUACUAUUGCCGUUGUUGAUCCACCACAGGAAGAUUUACAUGAUGAUCAAUCAUCGGAGAAGGAGAAUGAUGGCCAAAUCGAUGCAUCGGACCGAUUAUUUCGCGAAGGGGAAGAUGCCAAAGAUGGUUCACAAAAUCGCGGUAAAAAUGUGAAUCGUACGCAUAAAAAUGGCCGAAAUCAUGCUAAGAAUCACAACAAUGGCAAACAAUUUAAUGGUGCACAUGGUCAGGCCAAAAAUAAAACAGCCGCCAAACAUCAUCAGGUCGAGUCAACAACUGAUUUUAUUGCUGAUGCUACUGCAGCCGAUCGUACAUGAAACAUUCAAAUGCCACCGUACAACAACAUUAAUCAUUUGCGUUGAACGAGAUUUUUUUUUUAUUAUGGUUAAAUAUGGUUAAUGUUUGUAUCUUUUGUCGACUAUUUUGUUUUUCAUUUAUUUCAUAAUUUUUAUUCGUUAACAACAUAUCGUAUAUUUGUUCCAUCUAUUUGAUAGAACGGUUUCAAUUUGUAAGAGCUUGAAGAUGAAAACAAUUAAAAAUAAUAAUAAUACAAAAAUAGUCCAGUCGCAAACAGCAUAAUAAUAAGGAAAAAAUAAAUUGAAGGAAGAAACGAAUGAAAUAAGUUGGAAUGUAAAUCAGUUUUGGAAGAAAAAAACCAACACAAAAAUAGAACAAAACUGCAGGACAAAAAAUGAAAUGUAAAACAUACAAUGCAAUUCAAAUUACGAGUUCACGUGUGACACAUUCAUAUGAACAGUUUAGCCGGUACAUACAUUUAGAAUUGCAUAAAAUUUAUAUUCCCAAUGAGUCUAGAAAAAAAAAUGCGAACAGAAAAAAA